AAAAGUAAGGUCCGAUGGCCAGGGAGGACGGAGUGAAGAAGACAAGCUACACGUGAGUGAAUGUGAUUGGCUGAUGUAUUUCAUGCAAAGAAGGCUAACCGAUCCCUAUCAAGAUGUAGAUCGUGUUUGAUGACCUGAGAGACUAUGUGCAACUGUGACUGUUACGCCUCAGAGGAGACCAUUGUGCUCUCAAACAGAACAAAGGGCAACAACUUUGAAAGCUAAAGGGCCGGCCGCCCUGCCAUCGCUUACCACAAGCUUCUUUCUGUUGCUGAUAGCUGGAAGUGCUGGUUAUUCUCAUUAAAUACUCAUUUACUCCAAAUCCUGUGAGUCUUGUCCUGUCUGAAAGUUGGUGUCAAGGAUACCUCAAUAUUGAAUUGCUAGUUGUAAGGAAGGGAAGAACUUCAUAGUACAGCGAAACUCCUUCCCUCCAUUCAUACCAUGGAGAGCAAAGGAAAUGUGGACAUUAAAAAAAGAAGACUGUGAAUGGGAAUCCCUGCAGCCCCAGAUGAAUAUCUAUGGUAUUAAGGGAGAGGAGGAUACUAAAUGGAGAUCAGUAACCAUUAAAGAAGAGUCUGAGCCAACAUCUCAUGCUGUCACCUUGCACAAAAAUGAAACUAAACCAUGUCAAGGCUGAAGACCUUACAUCGGAGUCAGACUCUCAGCAUCUGCGUCCAGGUGAAGAAAUAACUGGAACAGGCUUCAUGAAAUGUAAUCCUCACUCUCUCCAGAAUAAUUCUACCCAGGUGAAAACAGAAUAUUUGGAUUCUGACGUGAAGCUGAAUGAGAAAGCGCCAUGUUCAAGGUUUUCAGAAGAAGAUUUCCAAGAGAGUGACACCUUCUCCUCAUCUUCAUUUUCUCAGACCCCACUUCACUGUAGAUCGCUGCUAAAUGGAAAUUUGAAAAAACGGACAUCUGGAUCUUUCCCGCGUAGUUUUCUGCCUGUUGUGAAACUUAAAAGGGUAGACACGAUCAACAGUCAGCACAUGUAUGAUGCAAAUGUGGCAGCUUUUUAUGUCUGCCAAGAGCAGAUGAAAGCUUCUAAACAAAAAGCUGAAACCAAACUUAAAUUGAGUCCUACAAUUAAAAAACCAUACUGCUGUUCUGAAUGUGGAAAGCAGUUCACCAAGAAGAGCAGGCUUCCGAGGCACAUAAGAAUUCAUACUAGAGAGAAGCCAUUUUGUUGUUCUGAAUGUGGCAAGCAAUUCUCACAAAAAGCUAUCUUCAGACCCACAAAAGAAUUCACACUGGAGAGAAGCCAUUUUCUUGUUCUGAAUGUGGCAAACGAUUCUCUGAGAAAAACACUCUUCAGACACACACGAAUUCACACUGGAGAUAAGCCAUAUUGUUGCUCUAAUUGUGGAAAGCAAUUUUCUACCAGUAGCUGUCUUCAGAGACACACAAAAAUUCACACUGGGGAGAAGCCAUAUUGCUGUUCUGAUUGUGGCAAAGGAUUCUCUGACAAACACAAUCUUCAGAUUCACACAAGAAUUCACACUGGAGAGAAGCCAUAUUCCUGCUCUGUUUGUGAGAAGCAGUUUUCUACCAAUGGCCUUCUGCAGAAGCACACAAGAAUUCAUACUGGAGAAAAGCCAUAUUCUUGCUCUGACUGUGGGAAACAAUUUUCCUCCAGUAGCAGUCUUCAGACUCACAGAAGAAUUCACACUGGGGAGAAGCCAUAUUUCUGUUCUGAAUGUGGCAAAGGAUUCUCUGACAAAAGCAACCUUCAGAUCCACACAAGAAUGCACACUGGAGAGAAACCAUACUGUUGUUCUGAUUGUGGGAAACACUUUUCCUCCAGUAGCUGUCUUCAGAGACACAUAAGAAUUCAUACUGGAUAGAAGCCAUAUCGCUGUUCUGAAUGUGGAAAAGGAUUCACUGACAAACGCAAUCUUCAGUUUCAUACAGGAAUUCACACUGGAGAGAAGCCAUAUUCCUGUACUGAAUGUGGCAAGCAGUUUUCUGCUAGUAACAGUCUUCAGACCCAUGCAAGGAUUCAUACUGGAGAGAAACCAUAUUGCUGUUCUGAAUGUGGCAAAGGAUUCCUUAACAAACGCAAUCUUCAGGACCACACGAGAAUUCACACCUGAGAGAAGCCAUAUUGUUGUUCUGACUGUAACAAAAGAUUCUCAACAAGUAGCCAUCUUCAGAUACAUGCAAGAAUUCAUACUGGGGAGAAACCAUAUUCCUGUUAUGAAUGUGGCAAGCGGUUCUCACAACAAGGUCAUCUUCAGACCCACACAAGAGUUCACACUGGAGAGAAACCAUAUUGCUGUUCAGAUUGUGGUAAACAAUUCUCGCAAAUGGGCCAUCUUCAAAUCCAUGCAAGAAUUCAUGCUGGAGAAAAAGCAUUUUGCUGUUCUGAAUGUGGCAAGUGAUUCUCUGAUAAAUGCAGUCUUCAGACCCAUACAAGAAUUCACACUGGAGAGAAACCAUAUUCUGACUUUGACCGUGGCAAACAAUUAUCAGAAAUGGGCCAUCGUCAGACUCAUAUAAAAAUUCAUAGUGUAGGCCUAAGCCAGUGUGUUCAGCCCAAGGCAAGAACCAAUCCGGCCAGACCCAUUUACCCAGUAUCCUUUGCAACAUAUCCUUUCUCUAAGGGAGGGGGAGUUGAAGGAGGGUGCCAAGGAAAGGCCAUCUCUCAAAGAAGACUGCAAAAUUACUGUGGAAGCGCCACCCACUCAGCACCACACAACGACGAAGGGGAGAAUCUCGUGCUACACAGGAGUCGCCUUUUCAUGUAUAUCAUGGAGAACCAAAGAAACGUGGAUAUUAAGGAAGAAGACUGUGCUUGGGAAUCUGUGAAAUGUCAGACUAAAAUCAGAGGCGUUCAGGAAGGGAAGGAUUGUGAACGAGAACCAGUAGUCAUUAAAGAAGAGUCCAAGUCUACCUGUGAUACCCCUGACUGGCCAAAAAUCGAAAUUGUAAACCAUAUCAAGGUAGAAGACCUCAAGUCAGAGUCUGACCCUCAGUAUGCGUGUCAAGAUGAAGAGUUACCUCAAACAGGCUUCAUGAAAAGCAGAGCUCACUCCCUCCAGGUGAAGACAGAAUCUUUAGAUUAUACCAUGAAGAGGAUGGAGAAAACGUCGUCAUGUUCAAAGUAUUCUAGAGGAGAUUUACAAGAAAGAGACCCCUUCUUCUCAUCUUCAUUUCCACAGAUGUCUCUUCACUGUAAGCCACGGCAAAAUGAAAACUUGACAGCUGGAUCCGAGAUUUUGGUACCGGCCUUAUUGCCUUAUAAUUCUCUAUCAGUUGUGAAAUUAACAAGGGAAGAUGCUGUCAACACUCCGCAAUGGACGCAUGAUACAAAUUCAGGAGCUUUGUAUGUCUGUCAUGAACAGAAAAACACUUCUAAACAAAAAUCUAAAUCCAAACAUAAGUGGACUCAUACAGGACAGAAACCUUACUGCUGUUCUGAAUGUGGAAAACAAUUCUCUAGCAAUAGCAAGCUUCAGACCCACAAAAGAAUUCACACUGGAGAGAAGCCAUAUUGCUGCUCUGUGUGUGGCAAACGAUUCUCAGAAAAGAGUAGGCUUCAGGAUCACAUAAGAAUUCAUACUGGAGAAAAUCCUUAUUGCUGCUCUGACUGUGGAAAACAAUACCCUAGCAGUACCAGCCUUCAGAGACACAAAAGAAUUCACACUGGAGAGCGGCCGUAUUGCUGUUCUGAAUGUGGCAAACGAUACUUCCGCAGUACCAGUCUUCAGGAACACAAAAGAAUUCACACUGGAGAGAAGCCAUAUUGCUGUUCUGACUGUGGUAAGCUGUUUGCAACCAGCAGCAGUCUUUUGAUCCACACAAGAACUCACAGUGAAGAAAAGCCAUAUUGCUGUUCUGAUUGUGGAAAACAAUUCUCACAAAGAAGCUAUCUUUGGGCCCACACAAGAAGAAUUCACACUGGCGAGAAGCCAUAUUGCUGUUCUGAUUGUGGGAAACACUUCUCUGAUAAAGGUAAACUACUGUCCCACACAAGAACUCAUACUGGAGAAAAGCCAUAUUGCUGUUCAGAAUGUGGGAAGCAGUUCUCUAAUAAUAGCAAUUUUCAGGCUCACACCAGGAUUCACAGUGGAGAGAAGCCAUAUUGCUGCUAUGAAUGUGGGAAACAGUUCACAACUAGCAGCCACCUUCAGAUCCACACAAGAAUUCAUACUGGAGAGAAGCCAUAUUGCUGUGCAGACUGUGGCAAACAGUUCUCACAAAUAAGCAAUCUUCAUUCCCAUGCAAGAAUUCACAGUGGAGAAAAGCCAUACUGCUGUUCUGAUUGUGGGAAACAAUUCACUAUCAGUAGCCAUCUUCAGAAGCAUAAAAGAAUUCACACUGGAGAGAAGCCACCGAAAACAAACUUCUGUUCUGAAUGCGGUAAACAGUUCUCCCGCAGCAACAAUCUUCAGAUACAUAAAAGAAUUCACACUGGAGAGAAGCCUUAUGGCUGUUCUGAAUGUGGCAGCCGUUUCACCACUAAUACAGAUCUUCAGAAUCACUCAAGAAUUCACACGGGAGAGAAGCCAUAUUGCUGUUCUGAAUGUGGGAAACGAUUCUCCUUCAGUAGCGGUCUAAAGGCACACAAAAGAAUUCACACUGGAGAGAAGCCGUAUUGCUGUUCGGAGUGUGGUAAGCAAUUUUCACAAAUAGGCCAUCUUCAGGCCCACACAAGAGUUCAUACUGGGCAGAAGCCUUAUCGGUGCUGUGAGUGUGGUAAAGAAUUCUCUACCAGUAGCAUUCUUCAGAGACACAAAAGAAUUCACACUGGAGAGAAGCCUUAUGGCUGUUCUGAAUGUGGCAGUCGAUUCACCACUAGUACUGAUCGUCAGAAUCACUUAAGAGUUCACACUGGUGAGAAGCCGUAUUGCUGUUCUGAAUGUGGCAAACAAUUCUCUGAGAAACGCAGUCUUCGGUUACACACAAGAAUUCAUACCGGAGAGAGGCCAUAUGGCUGCCUUGAAUGUGGCAAACAAUUCUUCUGCAGCAGCCAGCUUCAAAGGCACACAAAAGUUCACAAUGGAGAGAAACCUUAUCACUGCCUUGAAUGUGGCAAACAAUUCUCUACAAGUAGCCAUCUUCAGAGGCACUCAAGAAUUCACACUAGAAACCAUAUUACUGCCUUGAAUGUGGCAAAUGAUUCUCCACAAGUAGCCAUCUUUGGAGGCACACAAGAAUUCACAGUGGAGAGAACAAACCCACUUUGUUCUGAUAAAAGCGUCAACUUCCGUGCGUCGGCAGCUAACAACUGUGCAGUUUCUCCAUGAAAAAGGACUGACCACGUUUGUCAAAUUUGCUGGGAGUCUCCAGGAUAUACCUCGUCUUAUCAACACUAUUGUCAUGUCUCUAAAUAAACCCACUAAGCAGCAUUCUCCACAACCUUGGACAUGAAUUCAAUCAAUAUCAGCACUCAAAAGCAACCUCACCUUUAAAUAAUCACUCGCAUGGUAUUUGUAGAUGGCCUUGUCACUGGCACCUAAAAGAGCAGUUACAUUUUGUAAAUGAGUUUCAAAUGACUUUCUAGCUGAAAAACUGGCAUUGAUGGAAAUCAACACCCAGUGAAAAUACCAAACUCCUAUUGUGUCAUCAGAGAUUUGAACUUGGGGAUAAAUGAAAGUGCAGAUAUGAACCAUAAGGCAGAUAAGCAAAAAGUCGUCAAAGAGGACGUCUACAGAAUAAAGAAGAUCAUUAGGCGUUCCUUACCAGCACGUAACAAACUCCAAGCCAUAAACUAAUUAGCCAUUCUUGCCCUGACCUGCAGCUAUGGAAUCAUAAGCUGGUGGUGACAACGUGAUUUUCAUAAACUGGAUACACACAUCAGCUACAGUAAUACACAAGAACCCUAAAAACCUACAUCCUGAGAUCUAAAGGAGGUGUGGGCCUGAUUGAAAUAAGAUUACAUACUGGGUGUAGGUCAGCAGUAUGUGGAUUUCUGGGUUUCCUGCUGGAUUCCAAAAUCCAACAUGUUCGGAAUGUGUUCAACCAUGGAACGAAUAAAAUGAAGAUUAAAAAAUCUGAAGUUUAGUCAACUAUGUGCAAUUCCCCUGCCAUGUGCGCAGAUAACAGGACAACUCACCAGACCGGACCAAUAGAAAUGUAAACACCUGACCAGCAAAAAAUAAAAUUAGUCAUGACCAAAAGUAUUGUGGGGAAGGUGCAGACCUUAUGGCCAAUUCUAUUUAAACUGAGACCUUAGCUAUGGAUGGCUUAUAAAGAGUGAACGAAGACCAAGAGUGGAAAGUUCUUACUAUGGCUGAAAAGGAUAACAGCCUGCAUACCCGUUACUUCAAGGCAUCAACAGAAAUCAGAUAACAAAACAGAUAAGUGACAGUUUUGCCUUUCAGCCCUUGAUGCUGUCAUCUCUAUCUGGUUUCCAAUAUGUGAAGUCUUGGUGGCUGAAGGGUUUUACACCCAAAGAGAUGACACAGUGGCCAGAGUCCUUCACUGGAAGAUUUGCAAAAAACCUGCCAGCAUGUGUGAGAGACACUGAGAGCAACUCCAGACCACAUUAACAAAAGUUGCGGACACAUCAGUCUCAACAGAUGUCGAAAUUAACACCAGCACACUAGACAUACUUAUUAAAGACACCCACUGAGUAAGCCAGGUUUGAACCCGGAGCACUACAGCUAUUAGGCAGCAGCAGUGGCCACUUUGCAGCCAUCAGAUACUAACAUGAAAUUCAGUGAUGCAUAAGGGUGUGCCUUUAUUCCUGAAGAUUCUUGUGUUUUUUUCAUUCCCCCUUUUACCCCAUACACUAACAGUCAAACGUUUUAGAACCUCUCAGUUUUUACGGAAGUGCACACAGUUUAAUGUCUUAAUGUUUCAAGAGAUCAUAGAACAAACAAACAAUGGCAAAAAAGUCAAGGGAUCAUUAAGUGUACAAAACGUUAUCCAAAUUUUUAAAUCAUCAGAGUAGCCACCUUUUGCUGCUAUAACAGCCAAACACACACGUGGCAUUCUUUCUAUAAGGGUAAUCAAAUAUUGGUGAGAAAGAUCUUCCCACCACUGUUGCAGAAUUUCCCACAAAUGUGUUGCACUUGUAGGUUGCUCUCCUUUCACCCUUCUGUUCAGUUCAUCCCAAACUAACAUAAUGGGGUUUAAGUCUGGAGACUGCUGGCCUCUCCAUGUUUUGAAGUGUACUCUCUUGUUCUUCUCUUUUAACGUAUUUCUGACAUAGCCUGGAAUCUUAUUUUGGGUCAUUGCUUUGCUACAGGAUGAACCCCUGACCUACUAGACACAGACCAGAAGGAAUUGCGUGGUGCUGCAAAAUGCUGUGGUAGCCCUUUUGAUUCAGAAUGCCAAUCACUCUGUGCAAGUCACCAACUCUUGCCUCCAGCAAAAGAACACCACACCAUCACAUUUCCUCCUUCAUGUUUGACAGUUGGUGUCAGACACUGAGGAACCAUCACCAAGUUGACGGCGUACAAACACCCUGCAUGAUGAACUGAAAAUAUCAAAGUUGGAUUCAUCAGUCCAUAAGACUGCAGUAGUCCACAGCCGGUACUUCAAGGCCCUGUUUUGUCCUUUAAGGAAUGGCU